UGAGAUUUGUUUUAGAUGAGAGAAGGAGAAAAACCUUUGGCGGAGAAGUCGGAGUGUAGUUCAUUCGAGGACCUAGCAUCCGCGGCUACUCCGCAAAAAAUCGCCGAAAACUCCGCCGAGACGCAAAAAGACGAAUGGCAAGAUCUUUCAGUGUCUGGUGCACUCCUUAAAAAAAUUAUAAAAUCAGGUGAUGAUUCCGAAGGUUUGCGGCCACACAGAGGCGACAUUUGCAGAAUAAGUUACGAAAUUAAAAUCAAGGACAGCAAUGAAGAUUGUUUUGAAAAGAGAGAUAACAUCAAAAUAUAUCUAGGGGACAAUGAAAUUCUUCAAGGUCUAGAUUUAGCACUGACCCUUAUGUGCAAAGGAGAAGCAUGUCACCUUCAUAUGGCUCCACGUUUUGGCUAUGGAGAAUCUGGAUUGAAGCCUGGAGAGAGCUUGGGUUUGAUAGGGGAAGCUGAUGGACCAAAAUAUGAUGGUUCUGUCAUAGGACCUGAUACUUGGCUGGAGGCUAAGCUUGAGCUGCAUGACUGGUCAGAAGAGCCAGAGCAUGAGACCCUUUCUAUAGCGGAGAGGAUGGAAAUAGGAAUUCGUCGUCGUAAACGCGGCAAUUGGUGGUACGGUCGCGAAGAGCCGCAACUAGCUAUACAGCUGUACCGGCGUGCACUUGAUGUGUUGGAUGAAAGCGAGGGGGGCAUCACUGAUCCCACACCAUCUGGAGAGCUGGCACAAGCGUCAGACGCUAGGCAGGAAUUGCUGGAAGAACGUCUUCGAGCGCAAACCAAUAUAGCCAGCGCACAACAAAAAGCUGGCGAUUUUGAUGCUGCGCUACAGACAGUAAAUCGAGUGCUGUCAUGCCAGCCAAGGAAUCAAAAAGCUUUAUACCGCAAGUCUCGUAUCCUGUCCGCAAUGGGCCGUAACGAGGAGGCUCUGAAAGCGGCGAUGGCGAUGGGGGGCAUUUUGCCGUACGAGGCUGGGGUGCGCGGAGGAGCUGCGGAGCGUUACCUCGCCAAGCGUCUGUCGGGUACCACCAGCCACAAACCUGAAGUCGCACCGGAUAAGAAACCUUCCAGGGCUAAGAUGUUGGUGUGGGGCUCGGUGCUGGUGGGUGUUGCCAGUGUUCUGGUGUACAGAUACAAAGUGCAGGCGCAUUGA